AUUGAUCUAUUGGUGUUUAUAAAAAAAAAAUGUUUUGCUACCAAAUGUAUCGGUGAAGACUAAAUUUUGUGUCAGUGUUUUGAAAAGUCGUUCUUAAAAACUUUGUAAAAAUGUCUUCGGUGCACUCUGAUGAUGAUCAAGAGGAGAUCAACGUGGACUCUGACAGCAGGCUGUCGGGCCACUGCGAUAGGAGUAUAGCAUCAGAGGACCGGGAUUCCGAACACAGUUACCAUGACAGAUAUCACGAUUCGCCAAACGAGCAUAUGACUGACACCCAACCGAGGGUGAAUUUACCUUUCAGCAUAUCUCGGCUUUUAGGGAAACAAUUUGAGGAUAUAGAUAAGCGACGAAAUUCAGGGGAAAGUGAUGACAGAAGUGAUCAGGACACUGAAUCAGAGAGUGCUAAAGAUGAAGGAAAGGACAAUUCUGGUUUACCUUUGAACUUUUCGCACACUCCGGGUUUAUAUCCAAAUUCUGGACUGUUAUUGAGACCUGGGUUGGGUAUUGGUGGUGGUUAUGGGUUCUCAAGUAACCCUGGGGUUGUCAGAGUGCCUGCGCAUAGAGCUCUGGGUGCAUUGGGAGCCUGGGGAGUCACUAUGGACCCGAUGAGGCAAGCAGCGGCAGCGGCAUUCGCACAUCAAAUUGUUAAGGACCGAUUGAACGCAUCAUUCCCAAUCACAAGGCGUAUUGGACAUCCAUAUCAGAACCGAACACCACCGAAACGUAAGAAGCCAAGAACCUCUUUUACCCGACUGCAGAUAGCGGAGUUAGAGAAACGGUUCCACAAACAGAAAUAUUUGGCGUCAGCAGAGAGAGCAUCUUUAGCGAAGACCUUGAAGAUGACUGAUGCGCAAGUGAAGACCUGGUUCCAGAAUCGCAGGACCAAGUGGAGACGCCAAACAGCAGAGGAACGCGAAGCAGAGCGGCAAGCUGCAAACCGCCUAAUGCUAUCUCUUCAAGCUGAAGCCCUAAGUAAGGGUUACAUGCCAGAACCACCACCCGGCUCAGCACAGCUCUCAGCAUUACACUAUCAGAACUCCACCAACCCUGCACAAGCCCAACCUUCGAAUACUGCAUUAAGUGCUUUACAAAAUCUACAACCAUGGGCUGGUAAUCAAAGUAACUUUAUAAAUGCACAAGCGGCGACCGCACAGCCGCCACACCCGCCGCCAGUGGCGUCACCUAUAUGUUGAUUCGUAGAUUAAGUUUUAGAAAAGGAAUUGUCUAUGUAAGGCGUACUGGCUAAGUAUAAAGUGCGUUUAUACGGAUUUGAAUUUCGAAGGGAGAAGUUACAGUUAUAGUCUGCAAAUAAUGUAAAGAUUUUCGUAGAAAUUCGUCAGAAUU